AUGGUGCUUCAUCGGGCCAUCCAGGCUGCUCGAGCAGGGGAUCUUGCAAACUUGAGGGAGCUGGCAUCUUCUGGUUACUUCUCACCUGCAAUCACUGAUGCUCAAGGUGCAGGCCCAGUGCACCAUGCAGCAAGGUGUGGACGCCUGGAGUGCCUGCAGUUUCUGGUGAGCGAGCUGGGGUUGGCAGCUGAUGCCCGGGCCUUGAACAGGGCCACACCAGCACAUGAUGCAGCAGCCACAGGCCACAUCCGGGAGCUGCAAUGGCUGGUAGACGUGGGAGGCUGCAACAAUGAGGAUAGGGAUGCUGCUGGUGCCACUGUACUCCACCUCGCAGCCCGGUUUGGUUGUGUGGAGGUCAUUAAGUGGCUGCUGUCUGGUGGAGGAGCGGCCGAGGUGGAGACAAACUGUGGAGCUGUACCUGCACACUAUGCUGCAGCCAAUGGGGACCUCACCUGUUUAAAAUUACUUAUUCAACAAGCACCUGGAUGUGUGGACCACCAGACUGUCACCGGUGCUACCCUGCUCUAUCUGGCUUGCCAGGAAGGGCACCUGCAUGUUGCAGAGUACCUUGUGAACGACUGCGGUGCUGACGUCCACCUGAGGGCCCACGAUGGCAUGACCUGCCUGCAUGCUGCUGCUCACAUGGGCCACCAAGCUGUGGUGCUGUGGCUGGUGACCACUACCGGUGUCAGCUUGUCCUGCCAGGACAGAGAUGGAGCGACUGCUCUGCACUUUGCUGCCAGCAGAGGGCAUUGUUGUAUUUUGGAGAGGCUGCUUCACAUGGGUUCAAAGGUCAUCCAGGAUUACUGGGGAGGGACGCCACUUCAUGAUGCGGCAGAGAAUGGAGAGCUGGAGUGCUGUAAAAUCCUGUUGGCCAAUCAAGCGAACCCUUCAGAUCGGGAUGUAGAUGGCUUCACAGCAGCCGACUUAGCAGAGUACAAUGGACACCAUGAAUGUGCCAGAUAUCUCUGUGCUGUGCAGAAAAAUACAGCCUGCGCAGAUAAUCCCAUUGAGGUCAUUUCUCCGGUGGAGGAAGAAUUGAAGAUAAAGCCGGCUGUGUUGUUGCAGUGCAGCAGGGAGGACUACUACGGCUGCCUGAGUGACAUAUGCAGAGACAGUUACGGCAGCAACACAACCAUGGAUACUUUAAAGCAACCUGAGAGUGAGGAUUCCCCGCAGGCGAGAUACCCUCAGCCCCCUUCUGCACCUCCUUUACCUUCUGCUUCAUCCACACCUGCCCAGUUGGAGAAAACCGCUGUCAACAGAAUUGAGAAGAUUCAAAUUGCGACAUCUGUUAUUAAAGGUUUCAAUCAGCCCAAGGCCACUGGGAGCGAGAUAAGUCUCUCUGCUGAUAGGACGAUGUUUCCUGAUGCUAACCUCCUGGGUGGAAGAAAACUUCUUGGCAACAUGAAUUCCAUUAAAUCCUUAAAACAAUCAGGAUUAUCAGGGGUUUUCCCUGGACAAGCGAACAAGAUGGUAGUCCUGCCCACUGAGGAGGCCAACCUGUCGGACAUCGACUACCUGGUGCCCACUCAUGAUGAGAAAGGCUGCCCCAUUGCUGAGUGGAAGAGGCAAGUCAUGGUGAGACAGCUGCAGGCCAGGCUGCUGGAUGAGGAGGAUCAGAGGAGGAAGGAAAAUGGGAACAGAUAUGCCAAAGUCAGCUGGAGGUACUCCCAAGCCCACAAUGCUAUCCUGGGGCCCUCUGGUGAGCUGCUAACUGAGGAUGACCUCAUCUAUUUGGAGCAGCAGAUUGCCAACGUCUCCAUGCAGAGGAACUGUGAGGGCUACGAGCUGGAGCUCGCUCGCCUAGCCGAGGAGCUCAGGCACAUCCUGCCAGCUCCCAUAGUGAACAUCACCGUCAACACACAGUUCAGAAACUUCUCAAGUCAAGUUCCCCUACCUGUGUGGUGCGGCCGCAUCUCAGGCAUCGUAAAGAGCAUGUCUCUGCUCAUGACCAAUCUGACAGACCAGCCCUACUGCAAGAUGCCCAACACUGACCUGAUCACCGUGUUCUCCCAGACGCCAGACAGACAGAACUCUGUCAGGGUACGCAGGGAGAGCAUAGAGGACGAAAUCCAUCAGUUUGGGGUGUCCGUGAGGACUUUGAAGUCUAAUUUUGAGACACAGAACUUACCUUUGUCAGAUGAGGCGGCCGAGGCUGUCGUGUUAAGUUCUUCCCCACAGUUUGAGGCCUCAGAGUCAGACAAACAGCCUAAUGUCGAUAGUCCAGCCCCAGAGACAAACCAGAAUAGUGACUCCGGCAUUGACCAUGAUGAAAAUGUUACAGGUGUUCUAGAGUCCACCAGCCUUAGAAAGGAGCGUAUAGUCGUGCUGUUCCUAGGCCACUGGAAGAAAUCGGCCUACACUGUGACACUGAAGAGCAAGGAUGCAGCCGAGAGGAAGAUGAGUGGCGGAAACCAGGGGAUGGGUGACCGAUCUGGGUCAGGUCGCAGGGGCAGUGUGGAGAGCGCCCAGUCGAAGAUGAUGAACAGUUCUCUGGGACACUUCUUCAAGCAGAGAAGUGCCGUCAACAAGAUGCUGGGUAACUGGAGGAGCAUGAUCUCCAGUGUCCCGUCCAGACAGAUACGCAGGCUCCACAGGCAGCAGGCCCUCUACUCACCAGAACAGUUCCUGCCUCGUCUGGACGGCAUGCCGGUGGAGUACGACAACCUGACCUUGGAUCUCUUCAUGCUGGGAUACUUUCACAUGCUGGAGCUGGAGUUGCCUGUGGACGAACGCAAAAUGAGACACCUGCUGUGCUUUGAGGUGUUUGACCACGUGGGGAGCUUUCCCUGGGAACUGGUCAGGGACUUCCAUAAGGCUGUCGUACAGGACAUCGAGGCCGGAAACCGUGAGUGGAAGGACGGCUUUGAAGACAUUAAAGUGAAGUUCUUUGGAAACACUGUGAGUCCGUCUGAAAGCACUGUAAAAGUGGUGAAACACAUCCUCCCAGAGGUUAGACAGGUCCCUAAGGUCAUUGUGCAGACGCCCACGCCUGAUGAGGGGGGGCUCCAGAGUGGAACUGACAUUUCCAGUUUUAGCAAUGAAGAAAUUUGUAAAUACAUUGACCGCAGUUUUGCUUUUUGGAAAGAAAAGGAGGCGGAGAUAUUUGAUUUUGAGUAGUAUCUUGUGUAAUUUUUUUAUUUUUUGUAUUGUUUAGAUUACAUUAGGGUUUCAAACCUAAAUACUGUUUGAAUUGUGAAUUGAAUUGAAGUGCUGUAAUGUUUCAUCAAGUACUGAAAGCUAGCACUGAAUGCUUAGCCAGAUUCUCAGCCAUGUUUACUUAAUUAAUCAGCUAUUGCCUGAUUUGAAUUAUAAUUUUGUAAAUUUUAUACUGUAUUUCAUUGUGUUAAACCAUUAAACUCUAAAGCAUUUC